GAGAUCACGUGUGGAUGGUCCUGGACGGACCCGUGGACAGCAUCUGGAUAGAGAACCUCAACUCUGUCCUCGACGACAACAAGACUCUUACCCUGGCCAACGGAGAUCGACUCUCAAUGGCGCCGACCUGCAAGAUUAUCUUCGAGCCCCACAACAUCGACAACGCCUCCCCGGCCACCGUCUCGCGUAACGGCAUGGUGUACAUGAGCUCCUCGGGGCUGGACUGGAAGCCCGUGGCGGAGGCGUGGCUGCGUAAGCGCAGCACGCGUGAGAACGAGGUGUUCAUGAACCUGUUCCAGUACUCUUUCGACGACCUGUACACGUGGGGCACCCAGAACGUGGUGCUCACCAUGAAGGUCCUGCAGUGCAACGUCGUGCUCCAGAUGCUGACCAUCCUCCAGGGGCUGGUGCCGCCGCAGUAUGAGGAGAGCGUGGAGGAGGUCCCGGAGGAAGGCACCGAACCCGUUGAGGAGGACGAGCCUCGGGACCCCGUGCUCGAGGACGUGGUCGAGGACGUGGACCGGGACGACCCCAUGCGGCACCUCACCCCCGAGCACCUGGCGCGCCUCUACGUGUUCGCCCUGGCCUGGGGGAUGGGCGCGCUGCUCGAGCUGGGCGACCGUAAGAAGUACGACCAGUACCUGCGGCAGAACUUCCCCCAGCUGGACAUGCCCGCCUCCCGGUACCACCCGGAGGCCACAGUGUUCGACUUCGUUGUCAGCCAGACCGGCAAGUGGGACCACUGGAGCACCAUGGUGCCGACCUACUCGUACCCGGAGAUGAGCACGCCCGACUUCGGCAGCAUCAUGGUGCCCAUCGUGGACAACGUGCGCAUCAACUACCUGAUCCACUGCAUCGCCCACCAGGAGCGCGCCGUGCUCCUCAUCGGCGAGCAGGGCUCCGGUAAGACCGUCAUGAUGAAGAGCUACAUGAAGAGUGCCAACCCCGAGGUCUACCUCAACCGCAGCUUCAACUUCUCGUCCGCCACGAGCCCCUACCAGUUCCAGAAAACCAUCGAGAGCUACGUGGAGAAGCGCAUGGGCAGUACGUUCGGCCCGGCGGGCGGAAAGAAAAUGAUGGUGUUCGUGGACGACGUCAACCUGCCGCAGAUCAACGAGUGGGGUGACCAGGUGACCAACGAGAUCGUCCGCCAGACCAUGGACAUGAAGGGCUUCUACAGCCUGGAGAAGCCCGGCGAGUUCACCACCAUCGUGGACAUGCAGUUCGUCGCGGCCAUGGGGCAGCCCGGCGGCGGCCGCAACGACAUCCCCUCCCGACUCAAGCGCCAGUUCGCCGUGUUCAACUGCCCGCUGCCCUCCGACGAGUCCAUCGACAAGAUCUUCCGCGUCGUUGGCGAGGGCCACUACAACAUGAAGCGUGGUUUCAGCCCCGACGUGCGGGUCCUGGUGAAGAAGUUGAUCCCGCUGACGCGCCUGCUGUGGCACUCCACCCGCGCCAAGCUGCUGCCCACGCCCGCCAAGUUCCACUACGUGUUCUCGCUGCGUGACCUGUCCCGCAUCUGGCAGGGCAUGGUGGGCACGCUGUCCACCGUCAUCGACGCGGAGCACGUCCUGCUCAUCCUGUGGAAGCACGAGGUGACGCGGGUCUUCUCGGACCGCUUCACGCUCACCUCGGACAAGGAGUGGUUCGACUCGGAGCUCAUGCGCCAGCUGGAGGAGUCGCUCGGGCCCAACUACGUCGAGAUGGCGCAGCCCAACCCGGUCUUCGUGGACUUCAUGAGGGACGCGCCCGAGCCCACGGGCGAGGAGGGCGAGGACGCCGACAUGGAGCUGCCCAAGGUGUACGAGCCGGUGGCCGACUUCCGCGAGCUGCACGAGCGCCUCGACAUGUUCCUGGCCCAGUUCAACGAGAUGGUGCGAGGCGCGGGCAUGGACCUCGUCUUCUUCCCGGACGCCAUGCUCCACCUCGUCAAGAUAUCCCGGGUGAUCCGCCACCCCCGCGGCAACGUCAUGCUGGUAGGGGUGGGCGGCUCCGGGAAGCAGUCGCUCACCAAGCUGGCCUCCUUCAUCGCGGGCUACAAGACGUUCCAGAUUACGCUCACCCGCUCCUACAACGUGGCUAACUUCCUGGAGGACCUGAAGCUGUUGUAUCGCUCCUGUGGCGUGCAGGGCAAGGGGACGACGUUCAUCUUUACAGACCUGGACAUCAAGGAGGAGGGCUUUCUGGAGUACCUCAACAACAUCCUGUCCUCGGGCGUCAUCUCGAACCUGUUCACGCGCGACGAGCAGGCCGAGAUCAUCUCUGAACUCACGCCCGCCCUCAAGCGGGAGAACCCCAAGCGCACGCUCACCCAGGAGCUCGUCAUGGACUUCUUCCUGGCGCGCACGCUCCAGAACCUACACGUCGUCUUCUGCUUCUCUCCCGUCGGCGAGAAGUUCCGCAACCGCGCGCUCAGGUUCCCGGCCCUCGUGUCCGGCUGCACCAUCGACUGGUUCCAGCCGUGGCCGCGCGACGCCCUGGUGCAGGUCGCCAAGCACUUCCUGCACGACUUCGAGAUCGCCUGCACGGCCCAGGUCAAGGCCGAGCUCGUCGAGACGCUGGGCUCCAUCCAGGACGUGGUGGCCGCCACCUCCACCGAGUACUUCCAGAGGUUCCGGCGCGCCACCCACGUCACCCCCAAAUCGUACCUCAACUUCAUCGCGGGCUACAAGGCCAUCUACCAGGGCAAGCAGCGGCAGCUGGCCGAGGGCGCGCGCCGCAUGGACACGGGCUUGGCUAAGCUGGAGGAGGCCAGCCUGUCGGUGGAGAGCCUCAAGCAGGACCUGGCCGAGAUGGAGCAGGAGCUGCAGCACGCCUCGGAGAAGGCCGAGAGGGUUCUCAUCGAGGUGACGGAACGCGCGAUGCAGGCCGAGACAGUCAAGAACCAGGUGAUGAAGGUCAAGGAGAAGGCGGAGGCGCUCGUGUCGUACAUCGCCAAGGAGAAAGUGUUUGCGGAGCAGAAGCUGGAGGCGGCCAAGCCCGCCCUGGAGGAGGCCGAGAACGCUCUCAACACCAUCAAGCCGGCGCACAUCGCCACGGUGCGCAAGCUGGGCCGGCCGCCGCACCUCAUCAUGCGCAUCAUGGACUGCGUGCUCAUCCUCUUCCAGAGGAAGCUGCACGCCGUCAUCGGCGACACGGCGGCCUCCUGCCCGAAGCCGUCCUGGGCCGAGUCGCUCAAGAUGAUGGCCAGCACCACCUUCCUGUUGCAGCUGCAGAACUACCCCAAGGACAUCAUCAACAACGAGAUGGUGGAGUUGCUGCAGCCCUACUUCGAGAUGGACGACUACAACAUGGACACGGCCAAGCGCGUGUGCGGCGACGUGGCCGGGCUGCUGUCCUGGACCAAGGCCAUGUCCUUCUUCCACUCGGUCAACAAGGAGGUGCUGCCGCUCAAGGCAAACCUCACGCUGCAGGAGGCGCGCCUCAAGGUGGCCAUGGAGGACCUGGCCGGCGCCGAGAGCCAGCUGAGCGACCGGGAGCGCGCGCUGCAGGAGGUCAAGGACCAGUACGACGCGGCCGUGAGCGAGAAGCAGCGCCUCACGGACGCGGCCAACGUGUGCCUCAGGAAGAUGACGGCCGCCACGGCGCUCAUCAACGGCCUGGGCGGAGAGAAGGUGCGCUGGACGGCGCAGAGCAAAGAGUUCAAGGCGCAGCUCGGCCGCCUCGUCGGGGACGUCCUGCUGGCCACGGGCUUCCUCUCGUACGCCGGCCCCUACAACCAGGAGUUCCGGGCCAACCUCGUCAACACGUGGAUGCGCAUCCUCAAGACCAGGGUCAUCCCCUUCACCAAGGACCUCAACAUCACCAACAUGCUGGUCGACAGCGCCGAGGUGUCCGAGUGGACGCUGCAGGGACUCCCCAACGACGAGCUGUCCGUGCAGAACGCGCUCAUUGUCACGAAGUCCAGUUCGUACCCGCUGCUCGUCGACCCGCAGAACCAGGGCAAGAUGUGGAUCAAGAACAAGGAGACGUCCAACGAACUCCAGAUCACGUCGCUCAACCACAAGUACUUCCGCACGCACCUCGAGGACUCGCUCUCCCUUGGGCGGCCCCUGCUCAUAGAGGACGUCGGGGAGGAGCUGGACCCUGUCAUCGACAACGUCCUGGAGAAGAACUUUAUCAAGUCUGGCUCCAUCGAGAAGGUGGUGGUGGGUGACAAGGAGUGCGACGUGAUGCCCGGUUUCAUGCUCUACAUCACCACCAAGUUACCCAACCCAGCCUACUCGCCCGAGAUCAGCGCCAAGACUUCCAUCAUCGACUUCACCGUCACCAUGCAGGGCCUGGAGGACCAGCUGCUGGGACGCGUCAUCCUCAUGGAGAAGUGCGACUUGGAGGCGGAGCGCGUCGCUCUGUUCGAGUCUGUGAUGCAGAACCAGCGCAGCAUGAAGGAGCUCGAGACCAACCUGCUGUGCCGCCUCACCUCGUCAGAGGGCUCACUGGUGGACGACGAGGCCCUCAUCCAGGUGCUGCAGGAGACCAAGCUCACCGCGGAGGAGGUGAACGCCAAGCUCAAGGUGUCCGGCCAGACGGAGCGCAAGAUCACGGUGGCGCGGGAGGAGUUCCGCGCCGUGGCGGCCCGCGGCUCCAUCCUCUACUUCCUGAUUGUGGAGAUGAGCAACGUGAACAGCAUGUAUCAAAACUCGCUCAAACAGUUCCUCAUCAUUUUCGACAACUCCAUCACCAAGUCGACCAAGAGCGCCAUCACCGACGAGCGCAUCGAGAUCAUCCUGCGCUACCUCACGCACCAGGUGUGGGCCUUCACCCUGCGCAGCCUGUACGAGCGGCACAAGGUGCUGUUCACGCUCAUGCUGGCCAUGAAGAUCGACUGCCACAAGGGGGGCAUCAGCCACGCCGAGUUCAUGGCCUUCAUCAAGGGGGGCGCCUCGCUCGACCUGAACGCCGUGCAGCCCAAGCCCUUCCGCUGGAUCCUGGACAUCACGUGGCUCAACCUGGUCGAGAUCAGCAAGCUGUCCGUGUUCGGGGACGUGCUCACGCGCAUCGAGCAGAACGAGCGCGAGUGGCGGGCGUGGUACGAGAAGGAGCGGCCGGAGGAGGAGGACAUCCCCUGCGGCUACCAGAAGAGCCUGGACGUGUUCCGGAAGCUGCUGCUCAUCCGGUCCUGGAGCCCGGACCGCACGCUGUCGCAGGCGCGGCGCUACAUCAGCGAGUCCCUGGGCCCCGAGUACGGCGAGGGCCGCAUCCUGGACCUGGAGGCCACGUGGAGCGAGUCCGAGCCGCGGUCGCCGCUCAUCUGCAUCCUCUCCAUCGGCUCGGACCCGUCUCCGCAGAUCACGGCGCUGGCCAAGGCCAAGGAGAUCCCGCUGCGCUCCGUGUCCAUGGGCCAGGGCCAGGAGCUGCACGCACGCCGCCUCAUCUCGGACAGCAUGCAGGGCGGCGGCUGGGUGCUGCUGCAGAACAUCCACCUGUCGCUGCCCUUCUGCAGCGAGGCCAUGGACGCCCUGGUGGAGACGGACACGGUGCACGAGUCGUUCCGCCUCUGGAUGACCACCGAGGUGCACACGGAGUUCCCCAUCGGCCUGCUGCAGAUGGCCAUCAAGUUCACCAACGAGCCGCCGCAGGGCAUCCGGGCCAGUCUUAAGCGCACCUACCAAAAUAUUACGCAGGACACGCUGGACUACUCGACGCAAAACCAAUGGCCGCCCCUGCUGUACGCCGUCGCCUUCCUGCACACCGUCGUGCAGGAGCGGCGCAAGUUCGGGCCCCUCGGCUGGAACGUCCCCUACGAAUUCAACCAGGCCGACUUUGCCGCCAGCGUGCAAUUCAUCCAAAAUCACCUGGACGACAUGGAUCCAAAGAAGGGCAUCUCGUGGCCCACGGUGUGCUACAUGCUGGGCGAGGUGCAGUACGGCGGGCGGGUGACGGACGACUUCGACAAGCGCCUGCUCACCACCUUCACCCAGGUGUGGUUCUGCGACGUGCUGCUGCGCCCGGGCUUCGAGUUCUACCGCGGCUACCGCGUGCCCAUCACCCGCAACCUCAACGGCUACGUGGACUACAUCACCAGCCUCCCGCUCACGGACACGCCCGAGGUGUUCGGCCUGCACGCCAACGCGGACAUCACAAAUCCCCAUCAAUCCGAAAUUGUGAAAUUACUCAAACCACAUUUGAUUUCCUGGCGGCAGGUGCUGUACGAGCAGAUGCCCGUCAUCUACAUUUACGCCAUCAACACGACGGCCGGCAAGGACCCCAAGCUGUACGAGUGCCCCAUCUACCGCAAGCCCCAGCGCACGGACCAGAAGUACGUCGGCUCCAUCGACUUCGAGACGGACAACAACCCGCGGCACUGGACCCUCCGCGGCGUCGCGCUCCUGUGCGACAUCAAGUAG